AUUGUUCGCUCGUUCUUCUGUAUCAUAAUUUUUUUUAGAAAUAAUAUUCGGUUUAAAAAUGUUACAAUCAAAGCGAGGGUUUGGGUGUAUCAAGUUCAUUCAGCUCAUUUGAGGUGACUGGCGGCGUAAACAAAUCGGAAAUGGUUAAAGUUUUUGUAAAUGAUGAUUUGUUGGGCAAAAUUUCCAAGUUUAAAUUAUUGUAUAAAAAUCACAAUAUUUGGAUAGCUUACAUACACAAGCUGAGCAUUUAUGUUCUCGACCGAAGAUUUUAAACUCCGAUUGAUGGCACCCUUUGCACCCAUGACUGUUCGGCGGUUCGCGCCAUUCAUCCUUUGGUAACUCUUGAGCAACGAUUUCUUUCUCCAAGGUCAGAUCUUGGGUCCUUACCUACACACAAAGGAAAAAAAACCAUGGAUAUGUUACCGGUUGAGAUACUUGAGAAGAUCUUCAAGAACUUGCGCUACAGUGACCUGAAACAGGCAUCGGCCGUGUGCCGCUAUUGGUACGAAAUCUACCAGCGACCAGCAUUUUUAUCAAAAAUAGUUGUCCAUUUCAAGAAGGAUCUUGGUCCAGAAACCAUUGAGUUAUUUCUUCGGAGCGAAUGCAGUUAUCAAAAUUUCCGAUUCACUUCGAUUCCCUUUUUCGACGUGACUAAAUCGAAACGAAGUCUCUGUCGCCGAGAUGUAAUUUGCGAAGAUGAAUCAUUCAUAAAGGGUGUUCGAAGCUUGUUGGCUAAAUUUUGCCACACUAUUCAGAUGAUUUCGUUCUGCAAGUGUCAUCUUGAGCGUCAGAGAUUUUUCGAACUGCUGCACUCGAUUUCAGAAGUUAAGGUGCUCGAUAUUGAGGAAUGUAUCUUUGCGGGAGAAGACACAGAUUGUACACUGCAACUACCCAAAUUAAAGAAGUUCAACUUCAAAUACCCUGAAGAUGAAAUUCAAAGAUUCGAGUCGGGUCAUAUUUAUCAUAAUUUGGCUAACAGCAACUGCAGCUUGAUCAAACUUAAGGUUCAGCUCUUCAUCAAUGAAAUGUUUGGCGACACAGAUAGCGAUCUUUGGGAACAGUUAAAGGCGAUAGCUAAGAUGGUGCAUCAACACAAGCAAACUAUAAAAUCAUUCAAAGUAGACAGCUUCAACGAACCUGCUCUGAAAAAGCUUCUGUUCAAAGACGAUGAACUGCAGUUGGAAAAAUUAGUUCUAGGUGAGUUCAAGAUACGGAAAGACGAGCAAAUAUUUUUUGAUUUCCUUGCCAAGCAGACAAAGAUUAAAAAGCUUGACCUUACUAUUGAAUCUUCACUGGAUCCCAGCAAUGACAUAUACUUGAAAGCAAUCUGUGAAAAUCUGAAACAUCUGGAGCAAUUUUACUACGACAUGUCGCGCAAUUCCGACAUAGGUUUAGAGCACCUGCAGAAAUUGAGCAAACUUAAAAACCUCGUUUUAACUAAAAAGCGCAACACGACAGCUCUGACUCCGCAAUGCUUCGAUCACAUCUACAUGCCAAAUCUUAAGUCCCUCGGGAUCUACUUCAGAGAACUGCCCCUGCCUGCCGUGCAACAAAUCCCAAUAAGUUUUCCCAACCUUAAAGCAUUAAAUUUAAGCGAAUGUGAGAAAGCCGUAACCGAUUGCACGGUACCUAUUUUGUUCCAGUUCCUUCCAUCGCUAGAAAGUUUAGAUCUCAGCAAAUGCAAACAACUAACCGAAAGGGCUUUCUUUGGACCAGCUCGAAUAAAUCAAUUGAGGAAACUGAAAGAUCUAGUCCUGGAAAAGUGUGAUGGUGUCACCGAUUACUCGUUGGAAACCUUUGACAAUCCCGAAUUGCGCAGUAUCAGUGUCGCGAUGUGUCACCGGAUUACCAACGUCGGGUGGGGGCUUCUCUGUCGACGAUGUCCAAAUCUUACUUGGCUUAACGCAUCCCACUGUCGCAACUUUGACGAUGAGUCGGCGCGUAUAGUGGCCACCGGUUUACGGGAGCUGGAAAUCCUGAAUUUAUUCAAAUGUAGUUCGCUCACAAAUGAGGCCGUUUUCAGUAUUGUUGAAAAUUGUCAGUACUUGGAGGAUUUAUGCUUGACCAAGUGCCGAGGGAUAAAGUUGAAGAAAGUCGAAUAUUUUGACGACAAAAUGUACCGGGUCAACAAGAAUUGCUUGAAGCUGAAAAAUGCCAAAACGAUGACAAAAUCGAAAUAA